GUAAAUCUCACUGGCCACGUGCUGCUGUCUUCUUUGUAAUAGUUGGAAAGAAUAAUCUGCGGUGAUGGCCUGAGUGUGUUUCAGUGCACCAGACUACUCUGGUCUUUGCUUUUCAUUCAUUGGGCAGGUGGGCACAGUUCAUCACUACAGAGACCCUUGGCUCAUCGUCCCAUGAUGUACCCCACCCCUCUGCCCGAGAAUAUCACCCUACAAUCGACAAACUGCACCAAGAAUGAUGACUUCAAGUACCCCCUGUACAGCACGGUCUUCAGCAUUGUGUUUGUGAUCGGGCUCAUCACCAACGUCGUGGCCAUGUACAUUUUCACCUGCUCCCUAAAGCUGAGGAACGAGACCACGACCUACAUGAUGAACUUGGUGGUGUCCGACCUGCUGUUCGUCUUCACGCUGCCCCUCAGGGUGUUCUACGUCAUAAACAAAAACUGGCCUUUUGGAGCGCCGCUCUGCAAAAUCUCUGUCUCGCUCUUCUACACCAACAUGUACGGCAGCAUCCUCUUCCUCACGUGCAUUAGCGUGGACCGCUUCUUGGCCAUCGUGUACCCUUUCCGCUCCAGGAUGCUCAGGACCAAACGCAACGCCAGGAUAGUGUGUGCAGCUGUGUGGGUGUUGGUGCUGUCAGGGAGUCUCCCCACUGGGUUUUUGCUGGACAGCACCACAAGAGACAAAACCAACGACACCAUUUUCUGCUUCGAGAACUUUUCGUCCAAGCAGUGGAAGUCCCACCUGUCGAAAGUGGUGAUCUUCAUAGAGACGGUGGGCUUCCUCAUCCCUCUGCUGCUGAACGUCUGUUGCUCCAUCAUGGUGUUACAGACUCUAAGGCAGCCUCAGACCGUCAGCCGUGGGGGGAAAGUGAAUAAAACAAAAAUCCUGCGCAUGAUAAUCGUGCACCUCUCCAUUUUUUGUUUUUGCUUCAUCCCCUACAACGUAAACUUGGUGUUUUAUGCGCUGGUUCGCACUAAAACCUUGAAAGGCUGCUUCGCGGAGUCGGUGGUUCGAACGAUCUACCCGAUAGCUCUUUGCAUUGCCGUCUUCAACUGCUGCUUUGAUCCCAUUGUUUACUACUUCACCUCUGAGACCAUCCAGAACUCCAUCAAGCGGAAGUCUCCGAGCAGCCGUUCAUACGACAUCAAGUUCUCAGAGGCCCAGCAGUCGGAAACCAACAGCAACCUGCAGUUUAGCUUGAGGAACCUCAAAGCUAAGGUCUUCCACACCGAGUCCUCAGUGUGACGUUAAGGUCAAGGUGUAAAGUUGGAAUCCACCAUAUAAAGUUAGUUUUCCAUGGAACGACGCAGGUUGGUGGUUUUUCGGAGUACUUUACCGUAUUUUGGUCUUCAUCUCAGGGCGAAUGUUUGGAAGUGUGGAUUUAAAAGCUUCUGCUCUGCAGGACGUGACCCUUUGCUCACAUGUGGAUUUGUUAUGACUACUUACUAACUUCUCUUCCUGGGGAGUGUACUGUUACUGAGUUCAACACAAUUACACUGCCAGUGAUGAA